AUGUUAUAUACAGCUAUCCCACCUCCUCCGUCAUCUUUAGGACCCACACCGACUUUAAGAUCUCAACAUUUUCGGAUAAGUAAAAGUCGGAUAGCUUCAGGACCUCCGCCAGCACAAGCAUCUCAACCAUGUCCACCUCCUCCACUUCCAGGAUCUUCAGCAUCUGAGCUAUUCCCGCCUCUUUCAUAUUCACAAUCUAAGACUAAUGAAGAACUAUUAGUUCAACAAAUACACAAGCCUAAACCAAGUUCGUCUAUUGAAAUAAACAAGCACAAGGCGAAGAUAGAAUAUCAAUACGCUAGUAUGAAUGGAGCUAAGGAGGAUAUUGUAGAAAUAGAACCUAACAGGGCGGCUAAACUUGGUUCACUGGCAACUUCUGCUAAGGCCUUAAAAGGAUUCUUACGUGUCGGGAGACAAACUAAUAGCUUUCUAUCUAGAACUAACUUUAAUUCUUUAGGCGCAAGUGCUGAUGAUCAUUCUAAUUUAGCUAAGGAGGAAACAUUAGACGAUGAUAAGAAGGUAGAAUACAGGCAAAUGAAAUUCAGAAAAUCUAAAGCGCUAGCAAAAAAGUACAAAUCUGCGAAUACUAAAGACAAUCUUGUUGAUGAGCCUGAAAAUCCAAAGGAAAUGAAAAAUUUGACCUAUAUAAAUUGCAGGGAAUUGAUGAUGUUUCAAGUAUCGGAUGGUUAUUGGGAAGUAACACCGGAAAUAGCUGCAAUAAUAAGAAUAUCUGUGGAAAAGUUAUUUAGAUUACUAACUGAAGCUGGAAUUUAUUCAUUGGGCUCUAAAGCUUGUAAAGAUAUUGUUCGUAUGGUAUUUACCAAGAUUGUAAUCGUUAUUCUUGGAAAGAUUGCACAGUUGCAGGAGUCACUAGCACGUGCUACGAAAUGGCUGGUAUGUAAAAACUUUGCUUACUAUGUCGGCCAAGUUUACUGGCGCAGUUUAAUCAAAAGUAUAAAAGGAGAGGUAGUAGCUAAAAAUAUUAAUUUGACUUACCUAUUCUUGAAGACUGAACUAGGAAAUGCGAGUCUAACUCAACUGCAGGUUUGUAUUCAAAUUGAGAAUUAUAUUGCUAGUAUCUGCCUCUUCGACAAUCUGCUCAUUGUAACAACUCUAUCAAGAGCCACCUUUAUCUGA